AUGUUGAAGGAUGAAGAGCAUAAAACGGAGAAUAUCUACAUCUCGAAUCCCACAACUGGCCAAAUAUUUGUUCUGCCUCCAUUUGUUGGUGGGGCCUAUUCGAACACAUCGGGAAUAGCAUAUGCUUCAGCUUCCAUGGCGUACAAAGUGGUUCUGCCCAUCAGUCCCGGGGGAGGCAUGAAAGAAAAAUGUUAUAUAUUAACUGUUGGUGUGGAUAAGUCUUGGAGGGCCGUUGAUUUGGGACACCUGUCGAUUGAGGUCACUUUGGCACUCCGUUUUCCUCCGGUGAUCACCGAAGGUUUCAUCCACUGGCUCCGUGCGGAAAACAACACGGUCUUGACUCUCAAUGUGGAAACCGAAACCAUUACAAAGACUCCCGGCCCAAGGCCCAGCCGAGGCAUUCUGGAGCACCAGGUGAAUAUAUAUUUGUCGACUGGGAAGUACUUGUCUCUAUUGCGUCCAUGUGGGGAAUUUUCGUGGCAAGUUUGGGAGAUGAGGCCAGAAAACGGGGAAUGGAGAAAAACAGGCAGUGUUUGCCUCGAGUCUCGCAGGUCCCAGUUCGAGCGACUCCGUUUAACCCAGCCAAUCGGGGUUCUUGCACGUCCUUUGUUUUUCAAUCUACGAACCGGUUUAAUACCGGUUGGUUGGGUGAAGUACAUGGAGUUGUUGGCCUUGAGUGCUUUGUAUGCCUUCCGAAGCACGAUUUUUAUCUUCAAUCUUGUGACGGGUGAAUUUGAUGAAAUAGAGCUACCUACCUAUCGUGCACAUUACACGAUUCUGUUGCAUAAGAGCAGUUUGGCUUGGUUGUGUGGAUAA